CAUCUUUCUUCAACCACCUGUGGCUAUGGCUAAUCACGGUGCCCUCCUCUGCUCAUGCUCCAAAGCCUUAGUCAAGGCCGAGAAGGAGUGCCAGCGCGUCCUAAGUAGAGCGAAAGCAAGCGAAUAUGAAAAAAAAAGUGCUCUGGAGGCAAAAGAUAGAGCCCGAGAUAACCUUAAUGAAACCUUAACUGCGAUUAAGGCAAACCAUGUCCUCGUAUUGAAUACCGUGGAAGAAGCCAAGGCUUUUACAGGGUUACUUACCGAACAUUUUGAAGAUCGAGGUCUGCUCGAACAUGUGGAGUUAGGCCAGGCUAGCGAUGACAUGAAGCGGAAGAUCUGGGCAAUAUUAGAAGCAGCCGGACUGCAUCUGGAGCAGGGGGAACUAGCUUUCGUCUUCGAGUCUUAAUGAUCGUUCUUUUAUCCUCUUGGGGUCAUACCCACCUAUCUAUCUGCAAGCUGUUAUUUCUUCACCGUACUACUUUUCCUUUUCCAAGAACUUGUCAAUGCAAGAUAGGGAUUCGUGGACCUUGAGAGAGAGAAAUGGAUCCCAACUCUUUGCAUUGAAAAGGUAUUAUGAGAAAAGCACAUCUUUUUUUUAUCAUUUUAACUUAAUGGGGAUCUUUCGCAUCAUUUUCUCCCUGUGGAGGACUGGCUGGGACAGUAGAGCUAGAGAUUGUAUCCAAUGGGUUGUAACUUGCCAGCAGAUAGGAUCGACCUGAUCAAAAUGUUUCCUUUCUUCUUCUACAAGUCCACGCGCAUCUUUCACUUGACUGAGUAAUCUUCAGCUGAUGC